AGCCCACCUCGAUUACUUAACCAAACCGAGACAUUAAGGGGCAGCUAUAACAUAGGCUGCUCUCCACUCUCUUCUCUGUUUUAUGCCCUUUGCCACUCGCCAAAGGGUCCAACCACAGUCUUAUUUAGGUAGAGGUUCCUCCGAAUCAAACACCAUAUUCAAUUUCAAAAACCCCAUUCGAGUUCUUAAUCAUGGCUGCUCAAUUAGCUCUUAAUCAGGGUUCGAAUGUAUCUGUUCGAGUCGGAAUUAGUGAUUCAUCUCCAAGGGUAUCAGGAUUUCAGAGACAAAAUUUACGGUUUCAGGAGAAACCAUGUCUUCCACAUUUGUCCUUGAAUUUGAAAAGCAAUAGCUUGAAAUCACGAAAUUCGUUCAGAGUAUGCAUGUCUGUACAACAAGCGAAUGUACCAAAGGUUGCGGUAUCACCUUUAGAACUAGAGGAUCCUCAAGACCCACCUCUCAAUCUACACAAACCUAAGGAACCUUAUACUGCAACAAUUGUUUCCGUGGAAAGGAUCGUUGGCCCAAACGCUCCUGGAGAGACUUGCCACGUUGUGAUUGAUCAUGGUGGCAAUGUUCCUUACUGGGAAGGACAGAGUUACGGUGUUAUCCCACCUGGGGAAAACCCAAAGAAACCAGGAAGCCCUCACAAUGUUCGCCUCUACUCAAUUGCAUCUACCAGGUAUGGAGAUUCUUUUGACGGAAAGACUGCCAGUUUAUGUGUUCGACGUGCUGUAUAUUACGACCCUGAGACUGGAAAGGAAGAUCCCUCUAAAAAUGGAGUCUGCAGCAACUUCCUUUGCAACUCGAAGCCAGGAGACAAGGUUCAAGUCACAGGUCCUUCUGGGAAGAUAAUGCUUUUACCCGAGACCGAUCCAAAUGCCACACACAUUAUGAUUGCCACCGGAACAGGUGUGGCCCCAUAUAGAGGAUACCUCCGCCGCAUGUUCAUGGAAUCCGUCCCCACAUAUAAGUUUGGUGGACUUGCAUGGCUCUUCCUUGGUGUGGCCAACUCUGACAGUCUUCUAUACGACGAAGAAUUUUCGAAGUACCAGAGAGAUUACCCAGACAACUUCCGUUUCGACAGAGCGCUUAGUAGAGAACAGAAGAAUAAAACUGGGGGAAAGAUGUAUGUUCAAGACAAAAUCGAGGAGUACAGUGAUGAAGUCUUCAAGCUCUUAGAUGGAGGUGCUCAUAUAUACUUCUGUGGGUUGAAGGGUAUGAUGCCUGGAAUCCAAGACACACUAAAAAGAGUUGCUGAGCAGAGAGGGGAGAGCUGGGAAGCAAAACUCUCGCAACUCAAAAAGAAUAAGCAAUGGCAUGUUGAGGUCUAUUAGGCGUUCUGGGCUUGUUGAUGGAUCUGCAGGAACCAUAUAACUAUCUUUACCUGUAAUGCUAUAGAUUUGUGCCCUCAUUUCUCAGCCCUAGAGAAGCUUGAGCAGAUUCCAUGCUCUUGUACUCUGUAGGGGCUAUUGUAGGAAAAACUUCACCAAUUUUUAAUGAUCUGUACUUGUUCAGUAGUAUCAUUUUAAAAAGGUAAAAAUCAUUUGGUUUGCUCGACUGUCUGUCGUAAAAUAAAUUCACUUGUACAAGUGAGUGUUUCUGUGCUGUUUUAAUUGCACUGUUUUUAGUUUGAUAUUUGAAGCAGUUUCUCAUGUCCAA